AUGGCCAAAGUGAAGAAGGACGGGAAGCGCAAGGCCGAGGAGAAGGUAGGGAAGAAGCAGAAGGCCGAGGAGCCCGAGGAGGAGGAGGAGGACGUGUCGUCGAUGCAGGCGGUGAAGAUGGCCAAGUCCAAGCUCUCUGCGCUCGAGAAGAAGGGCAAGGCCAAAGCAAAGGCUGCGGCGGAUGACGACGACGACGACAGCGACGAGCCAGCACCAAAGGCCAAAGCAAAGGCUCCCAAAAAGAAGCCGGUGCCAGAAGACUCAGACGACGAGGACAGCGAUGACGAGCCGGCACCCAAGAAGGCCAAGGCCAAAGCCUCGCCCAAAGUGAAGGCGAAGGCUAAGGCAAAGGCCACGGCAGAUGAUGACGACGACAGCGACGAUGACGAGCCGGCUCCGAAGGCCAAAGCCAAAGCAAAGGCUAAAGCAAAGGCCGCCGCGGAUGACGAUGAUGACAGCGACGACGAUGAGCCAGCUCCGAAGGCAAAGGCCAAAGCAAAGGCCAAGGCGAAGGCCGCGGCAGAUGACGAUGAUGACAGCGAUGACGAUGAUGAGCCAGCUCCCAAGGCCAAGGCCAAAGCAAAGGCAAAAGCCAAAGCAAAGGCCGCAGAUGACGAGGAUGACGACAGCGACGAUGACGAGCCGGCCCCGAAGGCAAAAGCCAAAGCAAAGGCCAAGGCCAAGGCAAAGGCCACGGCAGAUGAUGACGACGACAGCGACGAUGACGAGCCGGCUCCGAAGGCCAAAGCCAAAGCAAAGGCUAAAGCAAAGGCCGCCGCGGAUGACGAUGAUGACAGCGACGACGAUGAGCCAGCUCCGAAGGCAAAGGCCAAAGCAAAGGCCAAGGCGAAGGCCGCGGCAGAUGACGAUGAUGACAGCGAUGACGAUGAUGAGCCAGCUCCCAAGGCCAAGGCCAAAGCAAAGGCAAAAGCCAAAGCAAAGGCCGCAGAUGACGAGGAUGACGACAGCGACGAUGACGAGCCGGCACCGAAGGCAAAGGCCAAAGCCAAGGCCAAAGCAAAGGCUGCGAUGGAUGAUGAUGACGACGAUGACGAUGACGACGAGCCAGCACCGAAGCCCAAGGCCAAGGCAAAAGCCAAAGCCAAAGCCGCUGCCGACGAUUCCGACGAUGACGAUGAUGACGACGAGCCUGCACCAAAGCCCAAGGCAAAGCCCAAAGCAAAGGCGAAGGCUGCCGCGGAGGAUGAUGACGAUGACGACGAAGAGGAGGAGGAGGAGGAAGUCCCUCCUCCCAAGGCGAAGAAGGCCAAGACCGAAGGCGAUGGCAAGGAGUCGAACGAAGUCUUCGUUGGCGGCUUGCCCUUCUCGACGAGCGAAGAGCAGGUGAAGAAAGACUUCGAAGAGUGCGGGGAGAUCGUGAAGUUUAGCAUGCCGAAGAACGACGAGGGCCGGCCGAAAGGCAUCGCUUUCAUCACUUUCAAGACAAAAGAAGGGGUGGAAGCGGCGCUGAAGUACGAUGGCGACGACUAUGGCGGCCGCACGCUGAAGGUGAACCUCUCCUCGGACAAGCCAGCCAAGGGUAAAGGGAAGGAGAAGGGCAAGGACAAAGGCAAGAGCAAAGGAAAAGACAAGGGCAAAGGGAAGGGCAGUCAGAACGAUGAGCUCACGGUUUGCAUCAGGGGCCUGUCUUACAGCCUGGACGCGGAGACCGUCGAGAAG